AUGGAGGAAAAAGGAAACCUGUCAACGGGCGUGUACAACUUUUAUCUGUUAGGUUUUCCUACAAGCAGGCCUAUACAGAUCUUUUUAUUUUUCAUUUUCUUUUUAAGUUAUCUGCUGACUACUUUGGAAAACCUUCUAGUCAUUGUCAUUAUCUGGACUAGUCCAAAGCUACGGAAACCAAUGUACUUUUUCCUGGCACAGCUGUCUUUCUUGGACAUAUGGUAUGUUACUGUCACUGUGCCAAAAUUACUUGCUAUAUUUCUCCUAGAAAAUGGGACAAUUUCUUUCAUGGCAUGCAUGUCACAGCUGUAUUUCUUCCUGUCUUUGGGCUGCACUGAGUGUGUGCUAUUAACCGUUAUGGCAUUUGACCGCUAUGUGGCUAUCUGUAGGCCCUUGCAUUACAUCAACACAAUGAACUGGGACUCUUGUUUCCUGCUUUCAUCAAUCUCCUGGAUUGGUGGCUUUGUUAUUUCCCUAAUUAAAGUGUACUACAUCUCCCAUGUCACCUUUUGUAAUUCAGGUAUUCUAAACCACUUUUAUUGCGACAUAUCUCCAAUACUAAAUUUGGCUUGUACAGAUAUGAGAAUUGCAGAGUUUGUAGACUUUAUACUUGCCCUCCUAAUACUUCUUAUUCCUCUGCUGCUUACUGUUAUUUCCUAUUGUUUUAUUUUAGCCUCUAUUUUAGCCAUCCCAACAUCAAGUGGACGCCAAAAAGCCUUUUCUACUUGUGCCUCUCAUUUAGUUGUAGUUGUAAUAUUCUACUCAACUACACUAUUCAUGUAUGCUCGGCCAAGCAGAGCACAGUCACUGAGUUACAACAAGCUGGUUUCAGUUAUGUACACAGUCAUUACACCAUUACUUAAUCCUAUAAUUUACUGUUUGAGGAAUAGAGAAGUAAAGGAAGCCAUAUUGAAGCUGACCUUGAAGAGUAGCUUUAUCUAA